GUCAAGAAAAAGCAAGAGAAGAAAUCUGCCAUGGACUCCCUAAAUUCAACUCUCUUUGUUCCUUCUAUUGUGCGUCCUCCAUUCUUUUUCAUCAAUGGCUUCUAUAAUAUUCCUCAUGUCAAAUACUACUAUAUUUUCUUGCUCUUUGUGUUUGUGGUCACUGUGUUAGGGAACUCCUUUGUCAUGUUUAUUAUAUGCACAGAGCGCAGUUUUCACACCCCAAAGUAUCUUGCUAUUUUUAAUUUAGCUGCAGCUGACUUGUGUGAAAGCACUGCUCUCAUUCCUAACUUAAUUAAAACAUUUCUUUUUGACUCCCAGUAUAUCUCCUUUGAUGCCUGCAUAGCCAACAUGUUUUUUGUGUUUUUCUUCAGCAGUAUGGAGGCCCUAACUCUUACUGUUCUGGCCUUCGACAGAUUUGUUGCAAUCUGCUUACCACUCAGAUACCACACCAUUGUCUCUAAAACAACAAUGGCUAUGAUGAUCACAGUUGUCUGGGUAUACAAUUCAAUGUUAACUAUAUCAACAAUGGCUUUGAUAACCAGGCUGUCCUUCUGUAAAUCCAUCGUAGUAGAUAGCUAUUUCUGUGACCAUGGGCCCAUAUAUAGACUGGCCUGCAAUGACUAUUAUCCAAAUUAUGUUAUGGCUUAUGUGAACAUAGUGUUCUCUCUUUAUAUUCCAUUCAUUUUGAUUAUGUUAUCUUAUGCGUUUAUCACAUGUGCGCUGCUUAAAAUUGCAACAUGGAAAGGACGAUUUAAAGCUUUUAAGACCUGUUCCUCCCACCUAUUACUGGUGGCCAUAUACUUUCUCCCAAUAAUAGGCACCUACAUUGCUGCAGUAACUUUUACCCUUCAUCCUAAUGCCAGGAUAAUAAACACAUCACUCUCUUUUGCCAUUCCACCAAUGCUGAAUCCAAUCAUUUAUGUUCUGAACACAGAGGAAAUCAAGGAAAGCACAAAAAAGCUUUUCAAAAGGAAAAAGAUCACUGCAACUGAAACAAACAAUCAAAUAAAGAAAUGA